UUAUAUAUUAAUUUAAGUUUAGCUAACGGUUCAAACAAAAUGAUUAAAAAACUUUUGCUCUUAAACUCAAUUAUUUGUUUAACGCUGAUGGUUGACAUUAAUGGCGAAUCAAUACAUUUAUGUAAGGCAUUGAAAGACAAUACCGUAAUAGACUUUGCAAUUGCUGUUCCCAAUGAUAACGUCUAUCAAAUGUUUAUUGUCAUCGGAAACAACUACUGGGAACUGGAGUACAAAUUAAGUGGUAGUCGUCGUCGACGAGAUGUAUACGACAUGUUAGGCAUUCCUUCGGAUGGAAAUCAAGAAAAUUCAAAAAAUAAUUCAAUCGACAAUAUUAACCAAAGAAGUGGUGAGGAUAUGUCUGUACCGAAAGGAGAACUCAAACUAAAGAGCAGUUUUAGCAAACAAAGCAAAUGGUUGUCCGGUAAAUACCAGACAGGAUUUGGUCUUAGAUAUGAUGACAACAAUCAAAUAAUUUUGACUUUAGUUGAUGUCAUCAAUGGUAAGAUAAAUUGGGCUUUAUUUCCAAAAAACAUCAAAGUAUUGACACCAAAAGGCCAAAAGUCGACAUUUAAUGCAAACUUCGAUGAAUUUAAACCAAACGUUGCUUUCAUUCCUAUUUCAUAUCUUAAAGAAAAUCUGAUUUUAGUAAUCGAGGAUAAUAUUGGCUCAAAAGCAGCAAAUUAUCGCUUUUACAAACUAAAUGAUCCCAACAAAGGUUGGACUGAAGACAAAACUGCUUCAUUACCACCGGCCGUUCAAAAGUUGUCAACAAUGACUAAUGUCUUAAUUAAAGGUUUAUUUGGACUUCAAUUGCCCGGUUCAAGUGAUGCCCAGAAAAAUGGGUUAAUUGUAUUGACUGAACGCUGUACACAAACUCCAGCGCCCACUAACCCUUGCAGAGGAAGUAUUACAUAUCAUUAUUGUAUUACACGAGAGUCCACUACUGAUCCCAUACUCGGAGGAAAUAUGGAGUGUCAUCCGGCAAAGUCAAAGUCUCUUAUAGAUUGUUCAAAGGACUGGUCAUCAGAGGUACCUCCAGUGGACUCAGCGAAUGCUGACGAUGAAGAUUUACUAUCAAAUGGAGGACAAAAAUCUACAAAUGAUAAAAGUGAUGACAAUCGACAAGUCGAUGGACACAAUGGAACUACAGAUAUACUUUCAUCUACAGAAAAGACCACAAACAGUGAUAGUGGUGGCAAGUCUUGGAUAAUAUACGCCAUUAUCGCUGUUAUCAUUUGUGCCAUUAUAGCUGUUCUUUGCAUUGUCUUGUUUUGUGUAAUGAGAAAGAAAGGAACUGAAUCAGAAUUUAAAGACAAAUCUAACAGUAAUUCACAACAAAACUCCGCCACAAGUGAUGUCAAAGCGACUAAAGUCUCAUCAUCUAUUAGUCGGGCACUUAGUGUUAGAAGUGGUAUUCCUGAUAAAAAAUCAUAA